AUGGAGGUGCUGAGAGGUGUCCUGGUCCCGGGAGUCCUUCCCGAGAGCUGCUACGAUGAGUUCUUCCUCCAGUACAACCUACUGCACGUCCCGUGUCUGAAGAUUCUGCUCAGUAAGGUUCUGGGGUUCGGGAUCAUCGCCGGCUCUGUGAUGGUAAAGGUCCCACAGAUCAUCAAACUGCUGAGAUCCGGCACCGCCGAGGGGCUGAGCUUCCACUCCGUCCUCCUGGAACUGCUGGCACUGACCGGGACCAUGGUGUACAGCAUCACUCGCAGCUUCCCCUUCAGUGCCUGGGGGGAGGUCCUCUUCCUCCUCCUCCAGACUCUGAUCAUCGGAUUCCUCAUCCAGCACCUGGGGGAGCCGCACAAACCUGGAAUCCUGUUCCUCGGUAUAUACUUCUCCAUAGUAGCUGUCCUGCUGUGUCCGGUUGUCCCCAUGGCGGUGGUCACAAUGCUCCAGGCCACGAAUGUUCCGGCAAUUAUUAUUAGUAGGCUUAUCCAAGCAAUGACUAACUACAAGAACGGUCACACGGGUCAGUUAUCAGCCGUCACAGUAGCACUUUUAUUUCUGGGCUCUCUGGCUCGAAUAUUCACCUCCAUCCAGGAGACCGGAGACCAUCUGAUGGCCGUCACCUACAUGGUCUCCUCGGCCUGCAAUGGGCUGAUCUUCUCUCAGCUGCUCUAUUACUGGAACGUCGGAUCGGCCGGAGAGAAGAAGAAGAAGAGAAGCUGA